UGCAAGUCGCUGGUGCUGCGGUGGUUGGAGUCUGUGCUCGGGCCUGAGCCUCGAGGCCAGGCUCCUGGGUGUCGUUAAUGUUCGGGGCCGCCGGGCGCCAACCGAUCGGAGCUCCAGCCGCCGGGAACAGCUGGCAUUUCAGUCGGACCAUGGAAGAGCUGGUUCACGACCUGGUGUCCGCCUUGGAGGAGAGCUCGGAGCAGGCCCGAGGCGGGUUCGCGGACCCGGGGGACCACCGCAGCCUGUCCUGCGCCCUGAAGCGCCAGGCGCGGAAACGCAGGGGGAGGAAGCGGAGGUCGUGCACCGCUCACCACGCGUGGGAGGCCGCGCACUGCCCCAGCGAGGGCUCCGACUCCAGCCUGGACGAGCCCAGCAAGGACUACCGGGAGAACCCCCCCAGCCACAAAAAGGACCACAGUGACUCCGACGACCAGAUGCUGGUGGCCAAGCGCCGGCCGUCGUCCGGCCUGAACAGCUCCGUGCGCGGGAAGAGGCCCCUGUGGCCGGAGGCCGACUUCGCGGCCGACGCCCUGGGGAGCAGGACCCUGCGCAGGAGGCGGAAGGUGAAGCGCAUGGCCCUGGACCUCCCGCCCGACGUGGCCAGCAAGCGGCCCGCGGCGCCGCCCCCCGACGGCUGCAGGGACCAGGACAUGGACGACGACAGGGCCUUCCAGUGCCAGGAGUUUGCCAGGAGCAAAGUCAGGAAAAGGAAACUGCGGAUCAUUCGACAAGGCCCCAAGACCCAAGACGAGGGAGUCGUUUUGGACAGCGAGGAGGUGAGCCAGACCAGUAAGGACAAAAUGGAAUACGAAGAGCAAAAGGUCUCCGAUGAGCUCAUGAGCGAAAGCGAUUCCAGCAGUCUCAGCAGCACUGAUGCUGGCUUGUUUACCAAUGAUGAGGGAAGGCAAGGUGACGACGAGCAGAGCGACUGGUUUUACGAGAAGGAGUCCGGCGGCGCGUGUGGCAUCACAGGCGUCGUGCCCUGGUGGGAAAAGGAGGAUCCGACCGAGCUGGACAAAAAUUUACCAGACCCCGUCUUUGAAAGUAUCUUAACUGGUUCUUUCCCCCUAAUGUCGCAUCCCGGGAGAAGAGGUUUCCAAGCUAGACUCAGUCGUCUUCAUGGAAUGCCUUCCAAGAAUAUUAAAAAAUCGGGAGGGACCCCUACUUCAAUGGGGACCACUCCAGGCCCCGUGAGUAACAAGCGGAUGGUCCACUUUUCCCCGGAUUCUCAUCACCACGAACACUGGUUUAGCCCCGGGGCCAGGACAGAGCACGGCCAGCACCAGCUUCUGCGGGAUAACCGACCUGAACGAGGACACAAGAAAAACUGCUCCGUGAAAACGGCCAGCAGGCAGACAAGCGUGCAUCUAGGGUCCUUAUGCACCGGAGAUGUCAAACGGAGGAGGAAAGCAGCACCUUUGCCGGGACCUCCUGCAGCAGGGUUUGUCGGAGAAAACGCCCAGCCCAUCUCCGAAAACAACAUAGGGAACCGGAUGCUGCAGAACAUGGGCUGGACGCCCGGCUCGGGCCUCGGACGCGACGGCAAGGGGCUGGCUGAGCCCAUUCAGGCCGUGCAGCGCCCCAAAGGCCUGGGGCUGGGGUUCCCUCUUCCGAAGAGCCCCCCCGCAGCGCCCACCCCCGCGGCCCCCGCGGUCCCCGCCUCGGGAAAACCCGCCUGA